AUGCAUAACUUAGUGGCGACGUCUCUAAAUAUUCGAGCCUAUGGCGACAUUGGUGUUGUGCGUAAGUGCAGGACGGAUGACGGCACAUGGGUUGCUUCCGACCACCGACCACCGACCACCGACUACUUUCUCCUGCAAGUAUUGUCACAUCAUGUCUUCCGCCACGAUCCUAGCCAACCCACGGAUCUCGCGGGUAGCUUGGCCGAUGCCUUUCAUCCUCAUCUCGCACUUAUCCUGGCCGACUAUCUCCGAAAGCUCAGCUCAGCCCUUCCUUGUGCAUAUCGUCAUCGUAGUGGUAUUUUUGUCGUUAACGCAGGCAUCUUCUGCGUGUCGGACUGA